GCAACACUCUCCACUUCACUCCUACGACCCAUCUUAUCUGCAGACAAACCCACCACCUGCAUCAGUAGCCAAGUCGGCACACGCUCUCGAGCUCGCCUUGGCGUUGCAAUGGCCGGGAUCGCCUGCCCUGCCUACCCGUGGCCGCAGGACGCGUCUCAGCGCGGGCCCAAGGUGUUCAUGCAAAGCGACUGCGCCGCGUGCCACUCCAUGCUCCCCUACGCCGGCCUCCGGGAAGCAGCGGUGGCGCACGGCCCCCUGGUAGCUCAGGCGGCCGAGAUCGUCGUCGCCGCGGAGGAGGCGCAGCCGGCGGCGAUGGCAAGGCCACUCUACGGUGGCGCGCCGGACAUCACCACUGUCGUCACAAAAAUCCAGGAUGGGCUACGGUGCAAUCUGUACUCCACCGGCGGCGCCGCCGUGUGCCAGGACCUGAAGAGGAAGAUGGCCCCGCCGAGCUCCGUCUGGAUGCAAUUUGCUCAGCCAUACCUGAGGCCAUUCCAGGCCGCUUGAUGCACCAAGCUCCUCCGCUCCAGUGUGCUCAUGUUCAUCUAAUUUUCUGUCGAAGCUGCCUGUCACAUGUAUAAAUGACAUUGCAUUUGCACCCUGUUCUUGGGUCAAGUAGCAUCGAAAUAAAUCACCCGUGUAAAGUCUGUUU